AUGGCCUCGUCGGACUUUCUCACCGAACCGUUCACGGUCAACAGCAAGAACGUCGUGUAUACAGACGACGAGAUCACAUCGCAGUAUACGUACACGACCACCCGCGUCGAGGGUACCGUGGUGACACCCCUCGAGGAGAAGUAUACGCUCAAGACGCAGCGCCGCGUCCCGCGUCUGGGCGUCAUGAUUGUCGGUCUCGGUGGUAACAAUGGCUCGACCUUGGUGGCUAGUGUCCUGGCGAACAAGCACCAGCUCACGUGGACCACCAAGGAAGGCGUGCAGACGCCCAAUUACUUUGGCUCGGUCACGCAGGCGUCCACCAUCCGGCUCGGGACGACCGCCCAGGGCGAAGGCGUGUACAUUCCGUUCCGCAAUCUCUUGCCCAUGGUCUCGCCCAAUGAGCUCGUGCUUGGUGGUUGGGACAUUUCAUCGCUGAACUUGGCCGACGCCAUGCAACGCGCUCAAGUGCUGGACUUUGACUUGCAGCGCCAAUUGGUGCCGUAUCUUGAGAAGAUGUCGCCCCUGCCGUCGAUUUAUUAUCCGGAUUUUAUUGCUGCUAAUCAAGCCGAUCGCGCGGAUAAUGUCCUCUCAGGGUCCAAGCAGGACCAUUUGGAGGCCGUGCGGCAACACAUUCGGGACUUUAAACAGAGCCAUGAGCUGGACAAGGUCAUUGUGCUCUGGUCAGCCAAUACGGAGCGGUUUUCGGACAUUGUCGACGGCGUGAACGACACGUCGGAACAUUUACUGGCAGCAAUUCAGGCCAAUGAAGCCGAAGUGUCGCCGUCGACGAUCUUUGCAGUCGCGUCGAUCCUCGAAGGCUGUUCGUACAUUAAUGGCAGUCCCCAGAACACGUUUGUGCCUGGCGUGCUGGACUUGGCCGAGGAGAAGAAGGUGUUUGUCGGCGGGGACGACUUUAAAUCGGGGCAGACGAAGAUCAAGUCGGUGCUUGUUGAUUUCCUCGUGUCGGCUGGGAUCAAACCUACGUCCAUUGUGAGCUACAACCAUCUCGGCAAUAAUGACGGCAAGAAUCUGUCAGCGCCGCAGCAGUUUCGGUCGAAGGAGAUUUCCAAGUCGAAUGUCGUGGACGAUAUGGUAGCGUCCAAUCGCUUGUUGUACAAGGAGAAUGAGCACCCGGACCACGUUGUCGUGAUCAAGUACGUGCCGUACGUGGGCGACAGCAAGCGCGCUUUGGACGAGUACACGUCCAAGAUCUUUAUGAAUGGCACGAAUACGAUUUCCAUGCACAAUACGUGCGAGGACUCGUUGCUGGCGUCGCCGCUGAUUCUCGACCUCGUGCUCAUUUGCGAACUCGCCGAGCGCAUUACACUGAAGAAGGAAGGCGCGUCGGACUUUGAGCACUUGCACUCGGUGCUAUCUCUCCUCAGCUACAUGCUCAAGGCGCCACUUGUCCCACGUGGCACACCCGUUGUGAAUGCGCUUUUUGCGCAGCGCGAGUGCAUGAUCAACCUCUUUCGUGCGUGUGUCGGGCUUGCACCGGAGAACCACAUGAUGCUCGAGAACAAGUUGGUUAGCGAGAUUGACGGCCGUCAGUGA